AUGAUGGAGGGACGAAACUUAUUCUCUCGAUGUAUUUCCAUCUUUCUAAUAGUUAUUGGCAUUUGUUGUUUGUUUGGAAGUGGCACUUUUGUGGAAGGAAAGUUUAGUUUCAAGUCAGCCAUUAGUAAAGUAAAGAAUAGCGUUUCGAAUAAAAUUAAACAGGCAGAAAGAAAGAUAAAGGAUCGCAUUCGUCAGGUCAAAGAUGUAUCUUUUGGCAAGUGGAAGAAUAUCAAACAGAAAGCUAAAAAGAAGUUAUUCGAUUCUGUUUCAAAGGUUUCUAACAAGUUGAAGAAUAGGGCCAACAAGAAGAAACAAUUGUUCAUGAAAUAUUCCUCUAAAAUUAAACAACAAGCAAAGAAAUUGAAGGGAAAAUACAAGAAACUCUCCAACAAAUUGAAGAAUAGCAAAAUUGUAAAGAAAAUCAAAGAAAAAUCACAGAAAUUUAAAAAGAGCAAAUUUGGACGAAAGAUUUCUUCCAAGAUUGAAACAACUAAACAAGCAUUGAGAAAGGCAGGUAAGAAAAUUGACAAAAUCUUCUCUCCAAUCAAGAAAUCUCUAAAGAAAGUUUCUCAAAAGAUUGCAAAGAAGGCAUUGAAAGAAUUAAACAAAAUUGGAAAGAAAAUUAGCGAAACUAAAGGUUGGAAAAUCUUGAAAAAACAAGCAAAGAAACUUUUACAUUGGAAGAGUGGUGCAAAGAAUGACCAAACUAAAGGUGUUACCAAAUUGGAAACUUUAAACGGAAUGAAUAGUAAUCAAAAGGUCACACCCAAGUCAUCAAUCACUGCCAAAUCAGUUGAAUUGGCAUCUGAAUUCUCAAAAGCCAAUGACAAUGAUGCAAAGAGUGAAGCAUUAUUGAAACAACAAGGUUACAAGCCAAUUCUUGAAAAGGAUCACAAAAUUGAAAAGAUUGCUUCUAAAGUUUGGUACAAUGAAAAAGAUAAGACCCUUGUAGUUUCGUAUAGAGGAACUGAUGUAAAUUCUGUUGUGGAUUGGGGAAAUAACUUUGAUAUGAAGAUGAAACCUGCCUAUUUCAAUGGAAAAUACGUUGGAAAAGUUCACUCUGGUUUCUAUAAGCAUUACAUGAAAGAUAGAAAGGAAAUCAACAAGCUCAUUAAUCAAUAUCAAAAGGAAGGAAAAGUUUCCAAGAUUGUUUUCACAGGACACAGUAAGGGAGGCGCACUGAGUGAACUUGCAGCCACCGAUUACAAAUUGAAUCACAAGAAUAAUGCAGCCAAAAUUGAAUUAAUUACAUUUGGUAAUCCAAGAGUUGGAGAUAAGGAACACGCUCAAAUAGUCAAUAAGAAUAUUAAGGAUUUCGUUCGUGUUGUCAAUAUGGUGGAUAAGAAUGGUAAUGGACCAGCUCAGAAAGACAUUGUUGCUCAAAUGCCACCACAAGAAUUAGGAUUUGCUCAUGCAGGAAAUGAAGUUCAAAUUGAAUGUGAACAAGGUGGAUAUGCUUCAUGCCAUGGAUUGGAUAAUUAUAUGAAAAAUUUGGAUCCAAAAUAA